GCGAGAUGGACCGGCAAUCGCCUGCGGUUGUGCCGACGGCUGAGCCAUCGCCAAGUGACCAUGCCCGCGAGGAUCGUGCGGUGUCCAAGUACCAAGUGGAUGAUGUCCAAGCUGAAACUGGGGAUCACAAUAACGAGGAUUCGGUGGAUGAAGACACGAAGUCGUCCAAGCAGGGGUCGGUUUUGCCAGUGCCGUCGGUCGACGAUGGCUUUCCCGAAAUGAACUUGUCGAGGGAUGAUCCUCCGCUCAAGCUCAAAUUUAAGCGGCAACACACGUUUCAGACGCGCCAGCGACGCCAUUUGAAGAAGCACGUCAAGAAAAUCGCGGCGACAUCGCAUUCUGUAUGGCAAUUCCUGCUUCUUUUCGGGCGCACGUUUGCGUCCAUUCACGCACACGAAGCACUCGCAUUUCUUCUCGUCCUCUUUGGAAUCCUCUCAGAGAGCGCGACUCCAGCCCCCCGAUACAAUGUGCCCAUUGGCACAGUCUUGAUGACGGUGUCCAUUAAAAAGAUUGAGCUCAAGCUGCUCACGACGGGCCUCCUCGUCGCGAUGGGAAUGGACAUUGUGUGGUUGUGCCGGCAUGAGAGUAACAGCUAUGGGGGAACGUUUCAUUAUUCGCUCCUCAGCAUCACUCGCGUGUGGGUUGCGUGCUGCCUGUUCCUCAAAGCUGGCUUUACCAUGUCCGUGUACUGGUACUUGGAGCCCCACGAGAUGUCGACCAAGUACCCUACUGUGGCAACAGCACGGCAGCUCCGACGGAUGAUCUUUCAGAAGAUUGGGUACUUCUUCCCCACGACAACGCUGCCGCCACUCGAAGACCUCUCCCGGCACACGCUGUUGCGUAUUGUGGCACUGCUGUGGAUUCAUGUGGUGUCGGGGGUCGUCCUACUCGUCCUGGGCCUCGUCUCGUGCGCGUCGUUCACCAUGUACCCGCAGUUCCGAUCCGCAGCUCUCGGCAUACCACUCCAUUAUAUGAUCCUGGUUAAGGGCGGGACGACUCUGGCCACCGUCAUGUUGUUUCUCAGCCAUAUGCAUCUGUCAGUGUGGGGAUGCCUCCGGCUUUUGCAUUCGCUGCAAGGAUUCAAAGGCCCACUAAUCCAUUGGCACGGGAUCGGGUACGGCCAAGACUCGAACUGGAUCAAGACGAUGCAGUUCGUCAAAGCAACGGAUGCCUUCUGUGGCUGCUACCUCCUUCUAGUCCUAUAUUCCGCCUUCCACCACGGCUCGGGUUUUUAUGGCGGCGUCAUGGCCGUGCUCACGAUCGCAGUCAUUUUGGUCGUGCUGCUCGAGUGCUGGGUGCCCCUCCUUGGACUCGUCGUGUACAAGUUUGUCGGAGUGAUGGAGCAAGCACAUCGGGAUUUUGACUCCUUCAAGCUCUUGCCACGCAACUGGAAUGCGUCGCAAGGUAACAAUGGUGCAGACGAGUCAGACGACACAAACGACAACGAAAACAGCAGCAACAGCAGCAGUAGCAGCAGCAGUGAGUCGGAUGAGGACGUGGUCGAACGAGAGGCUCCUGGAGCGUCCGCGUCGUGGGUGCGGUACACCGAUGAGUACAACCGCGCCUACGUGCGCAACACGUUGACGGGGGAAACGUUCUGGGACCGGCCAAGUCUACCCGCCAACGUGCUCGAUGCUCCGCCGGUCGAUCUCGCUAUGAAGCCCGAGCUCGCGCUGAGCAACACGAUGUACAUGACUGCCGACGACUUCAAGUACCUGUGGAACACUUUGCCCCCAGCGGGAGGGUUUCUCUGCCGCAUCUUGUCCACUCCGACGGUAGACAACCUCACGAUGCACUUGAGCGAAUGCCGGUUCUACGUGAUCACCGACGGCCUGGCUGCCGCCCAUAUUCGCGCGGUCUACUUUUAUGCGAUCCACACCGAUACCCUGGCACACUUUCUCGGAGCUUUCCUCAUGGAUAGUCUGAACAUGCAAUUGGAGGCCAAGUUCAAGUGCGACCAGCCCGACAUGGUCCCUGCCAUUGUGCGGUGUUUGCAGCUGCGAUACAUACUUGGCGAGUAUGAGCCGCUCAGCGAUUUGUAGAAGUGUGCGCACGUGAGGAAGGAAUGUAUGGCUCGUUUGUGUUGGGGGCAAGGUGUUAAAGUGGUGGCAGUGG